AUGGCCACCUCCCAGCUUAACCAAAAAACCCUCACCGGCGCCGGUGACCUUAUCAAAAUCCUCCCCACAGGCACCGUCUUCCUCUUCCAAUUCCUCAGCCCUGUCCUCACCAACAGUGGCCGCUGCGAGCCGGUCAACAAAGUCCUCGUCCUAAUUCUCGUCAUCCUCUGCGGUCUCUCUUGUUACCUCUCUUCCUUCACCGACUCUUACGUCGGCUCUGACGGUACCAUUCAAUGGACCAUCGUGACGCCCUCCGGCAUGUGGCCAAUGCCGCCGACAUCAGUGUCGUUGGACUUGUCAGCGUACAAGCUUCGGUUAGGAGAUUUCGUCCACGCGACGUUUUCGGCGGCCGUGUUUGCCAUUUUGGUGGUGAUGGACUCCAAUAUGAUGCAGUGCUUCUUCCCCAGCUUGGGGGAGCAACAUAAGGUAUUGGUCCAAGUUCUACCCCCAGUGGUCGGAGCGGUUUCAAGCGUCCUGUUCGUCACGUUCCCUAAUACUCGCCAUGGCAUAGGGUACCGUUCUACUUCAACUACCAUCGGAGUUCAGAAAGCAACUUCUACUGCCUAA